AUGGAGCAACAAGAUCAAAAGAAGAACAGAAACGACUACAAAGGAUGCUUUCCUAUCGAUCUAACCUCAGAGAUACUUUUGAGGCUACCUGAGAAAUCUGUCGCGAGGUUCCGUUGCGUGUCAAAGCUUUGGUCAUCAAUAAGCACCGAUCCAUAUUUCAUCAACUUGUUCGAAACUCGGUCCCCACGGCAAACUAUUCUACUCUGCGUCAGAAAAUAUGACCGUCUGUUUGUUUCCUCGAUUCCGCAGCAUAAGCACAUGCAUACUCUUCAUCAGAGUUCUAACAAGUCUUUCUCAUCUUCUCAGCCUAUUAGUUGUUAUAAUAUGAAGUUCCCAGAAACUAAUGGUUUAUAUCCUACAGAAUCUGUCCACGGCUUGAUCUGUUUCCAGGAAUCAGGAAAGCCCGUAGUUUGGAACCCUAGUAAGAAAGAGUUUGUAACCUUACCCAAGCCAAGAAAGAGCUGGAAUGAUAUAACAGUUUUCUUAGGAUAUGAUCCAACCCAAGGUAAACACAAAGUAAUGUGCCUUCCUUGUAACAGAAGUACUGAUGUGUGUCGAAUCUUAACAUUGGGAUCAGCUCAAGAAUCAUGGAGAACGGUCAAAACUAACCAAAACCAUCGUUCUUCCAUUAAUACUAUUGGGCGAUGUAUCAAGGGGGUUAUAUACUAUCUAGCCUAUAUUUUUCACAGUCGUCUUCAGGUUAUAAUGAGUUUCAAUAUCAAAUCUGAAAAAUUCGAUAUGAUACCAUUACCACUGGAAGAUAUAGAUAGAUCUUUUCUGAUAACUUAUGUGGGAAGGUUAGCUUUUGUUGAUAAAAAAAGUCCUGGAAGAAUGUUUAUUUUGGAGGAUGCAGAGAGACACAAGUGGUCGAGCCAAAACUUCCUUGCAUGUUUACGUCACCGUGAUGUGAUUACUUCACAAUAUUUGCAUUUAGGAGGUUCUACCCAUGCUGGUGAGCUUGUUUAUUUAGCUCCCUAUUUUAAAAAAUUGUCAUAUAUUCUAUUUUGUGAUCCCGUGAGAAACAGCUUUAGAAGAUUUGAAUUUAAAGGAAUCGCAGAAGACGAAUCUUGGCUCAAUGCAGAUCAAGAUGUACCACUUUUCUCUCCUAUGAGUCCUCUCCAUAUUUUUCCAAAUCAUACUGAGAGUCAAAUUUCUUUGUAA